AUGCCGCCCGUCCGUACCAUGUCCACGGCGAAGCCCGUGAAGACGGAGCGCACGCACGAGGAAAACCAAGAGAGAGCAUACAUUGCUGCUUCGAGGCGAAGCGACCGCAGUCUGGAGGCUCGUAUCGAGUCUGCCCGGAGGGCCUCAGAGAUCCACAAGAAGCGCACCGGCCGCGCACUACGUGUCACCGAGCAAGAUGUUGUCAACGAGGAGAUGUAUGAGGAGGAGGACGACGACCUGCCGGCACAGUACCGCAGGCUCACUGCCCACCUGCAGACCAAUUCGGCCGACUUCAACCGUAAGCUGCAUGCAUAUCUUGCAACCCACCAAGCAGGCCGCCAGGCCUUGUUCGACCAAACUUUCAUGGGUGGGUUUGGUCACACGUACCCGAAUGCGCCCCAUUUUGCACCGCAGAUGAUGAUGCACCAACCACCCUACCAGCAGCAGAUGCUGCCUCCGCAGAUGAUCCACCGGUCACCCCAGUCAUUCCGUCAGGCCCCGUACCCAUCUCCCCAGCAGCAGCAGAAGUCUCUUCCGCACCAAAGGUCGCAGUCGUUCGCCGCACCACAAGACUUUCACUACCCGCAGUCUGCCGGCCCUGCCGCUUCGAGUCGAGCUGAUUCGCUCAAGCCCGAGGACCAGCAGCAGCGACGCAUGUCCAUGCCAGCACAGCCUGUCCGCGAUCUCUCUCUAUCACCGACGGCGACCAGGCCACCGAACCCCCAUGUGACGGACGGAUCGAGAGACUCAUCUGCGUCGUCUCCAACGGGUUAUGACAGCGUCCAGUCGCCAUACACAACGGCAACAACAACGCCGCAGUCGGCGCACACGCCCUUCACUUUCAACCCGAACUUUACCUUCAACCACUUCGAUUCUAGCGCCGCCAACAUGAACUACAGCCCUUUUUCCAUGGCCCUGCCAACAGAGACGCAGCAGAUGCUCGGUCCUUCGUUGGACCCGAACGAUCCCCAGACUGCUAUGUUUAUGGCCAACAGCGAGAUGGUUCCGCAGCCCUUCUAUAGCUACAAUCCUAACUUGUCUACGAAGUCUCGGAUCCAGCAAACGAGUCAGGGCAUGAAUCAGACACUUGCUCCCUCGAGCGCACCAUUACUAGACAUCAAUCCUCAAAACUUGAGCUACAGCAACACUGCAAUUUCCUAUCCGACAGCCUCCGAGGGGGCGUUUAACCCAUCUUUUGGAUUCGACGCAAGUUUCCAGGACCCGAUUAAGCCAGCCAGCAUGUCUCGGCAGGGCAGCCAGCAGGGCAGCUCUGGGCUCAUCACGCCUGGUAACGAAUGGUCCAAGUUCAUCGACGGUACCCUUUUUGAAGAGAUGCCAGCAUCUCAAUAA